AUGAGCUCUGACGAAGAAGACUUUAACGACAUUUACGGCGACGAUAAGCCUACCACUACUGAGGAAGUGAAAAAAGAAGAAGAAGAACAGAAAAAGGCUGGCAGUGGUACCUCACAAUUAGAUCAACUAGCCGCACUACAAGCAUUAUCUUCUAGCUUGAACAAAUUAAAUAAUCCAAAUAGUAACAACAGUAGUAGUAAUAAUAGUAACCAAGACUCAUCUUCUAGUAAGCAAGAUGGCACUGCGAAUGACAAAGAAGGUUCCAAUGAAGACACUAAAAAUGAGAAACAACAAGAAAGCGCUACAUCAGCAAACGCCAAUGCCAACGCUAGUUCUGCAGGACCUUCUGGCUUACCUUGGGAACAACUUCAACAAACCAUGUCACAAUUCCAGCAACCAUCUUCUCAAUCACCACCUCAACAACAAGUAACUCAAAGCAAAGAGGAACGUUCGAAAGCAGAUUUGUCAAAAGAAAGUUGCAAGAUGUUUAUUGGUGGUCUGAAUUGGGAUACAACAGAAGAUAAUCUUCGCGAAUAUUUCGGUAAGUAUGGUACCGUCACAGAUUUGAAAAUCAUGAAAGAUCCUGCCACUGGUAGAUCUAGAGGGUUCGGUUUCUUAUCGUUUGAAAAACCUUCUAGUGUUGAUGAAGUGGUGAAGACACAGCAUAUUCUCGAUGGUAAAGUUAUCGACCCAAAAAGAGCCAUUCCAAGAGAUGAACAAGAUAAAACCGGUAAAAUAUUCGUCGGUGGUAUUGGUCCAGAUGUGAGACCAAAGGAAUUUGAAGAAUUUUUCUCUCAAUGGGGCACAAUUAUCGAUGCUCAACUAAUGUUGGAUAAGGAUACCGGUCAAUCAAGAGGAUUUGGUUUUGUGACUUAUGACUCUGCUGACGCCGUUGACAGAGUUUGUCAGAAUAAAUUCAUCGAUUUCAAAGAUCGCAAGAUCGAAAUUAAGAGAGCUGAGCCAAGACAUAUGCAACAAAAAUCAUCGAACAAUGGUGGUAACAAUAGCGGAAACAACAUGAAUCGUCGUGGCGGCAACUUUGGUAAUCAAGGCGACUUCAACCAAAUGUACCAAAACCCAAUGAUGGGAGGUUACAAUCCAAUGAUGAAUCCGCAAGCAAUGACAGAUUACUAUCAAAAGAUGCAAGAAUAUUACCAACAAAUGCAAAAGCAAACUGGCAUGGAUUAUACCCAAAUGUACCAACAACAAAUGCAACAAAUGGCAAUGAUGAUGCCAGGGUUUGCCAUGCCACCUAAUGCAAUGACUUUAAACCAACCACAACAAGACUCAAAUGCUACUCAAGGUUCCCCAACACCUUCAGAUUCCGACAAUAAUAAGUCAAAUGAUGUCCAGACUAUUGGUAAUACAUCAAACGCUGACUCAGGUUCUCCGCCAUUGAAUCUACCUAAUGGUCCAAAGGGCCCAUCACAAUACAAUGAUGACCACAACAGUGGCUAUGGCUACAACCGCGAUCGUAGUGAUCGUAAUGAUCGUGACCGCGAUUACAAUCACCGUAGUGGUGGAAACCACAGAAGAAAUGGCCGUGGUGGUCGUGGUGGAUACAAUAGACGUAAUAAUGGCUACCAUCCAUAUAAUAGGUAA